AUGCACUAUGAGAAAAGUAAGGUCGCCUUGCUUCUUCCGCUCCCGUACCGACUUGGCCCAGAUGAGGUCCUUAAGGCCCAUGACGACGAUGCCUCCGAUCCCAGCGGCCAGCAGCACGGCAAUAGCGACCAUUACGACGACGGGGAACCAGACAGCGACAUCGAGGAACGGGUACCAGGUCUGGUCGACGCUGUCGUAGCCGACCUCGUGGGCGGCCAGAGUGACCUGCAGGGCGUUGAAGAUGACGGAAAGGAAGGCGAAGACGGUGACUACGGGGGCAAUGAUGUGCGACAGGUACGAGCCCCACUGCGGGUAGAUGUGGAAGUAGGCAAACUUGCGGCGCACAAGCAUGGUCGUCUUGUUGAUGCGCGACAGCCGCAGCUCGCCGUAUUGGAAACGCCUGCUCACGUCCUCGUCGCUGACGAGGGUGUGGUCGCCAAAUGGAGCGAUGAAGGCGCAAAACUCUUCGUAGGUCGGGAGGCGCGCCGUCUCGGGCAUCUUGGGGAUGAGCUUGAGCUCGCAGGCCUUGUCGAAGUCGAUCUCAUACUGGAUCAGGUGGUAAUACGACCGGACGAAGCCCAGACAGGCUUUGUAGACAUCGUGGUCGGCGUUGUGUAUGUAGGUCCAGAACUCCUGGCUGUACAUGUAGGCAGGGAUGGGCUUGACGUAGAUGCGCUCAUAGUACCAGACCAGGUGGAGGCCAGGGUGCUCAUCAACAAUGAUGCGGUCGCGGCCGUGGGCGGGCUGGUGGUGUAG